AAAACGAUGGAGGGCUGGAUUGGUCGCACCAAGGAGGACAGCAUAGAGAUAAAGCCGAUUGCCCUUGGCUCUCAUUCCUUUUUUGUUUCGUCUGUGUUCACACUGGGCGCCUUUGUCGGUGUUUUAGGUCUCUUGGAAGCCGAAGCCGAUGAAAGGCGCAUCGUGCGCCACUCCCUGCCCUACGGAACUGCCACCGGCGACGCGGGCCUCUUCUUCAUUGCCUACUCCAAAACGCCCAAAACCCUAGAUUGGAUGUUGGACCGCAUGGUUGGCCAUACUGCCGACAAGGCCACGGAUGGGCUCUUCAACUUCACCACACCCCUUACUGGCGCCUACUUCUAUGUGCCCAGCAAGGCUGAGCUGCAGGACAUCUUUAAAAAGUGCUCCAAAUACUAG